AUGAUUGUUGAGCAUUCAAAAACCAUUGGAUCUAAGCAACCUCUAUCGCUAAUAAUAAUUGGUUUUGGAGGGACUGGGAAAAGCUACCUCAUACAUGCAAUUCAUAGCUUCUUGAAAAAUAGAUGUGUUGUAACAGCAACAACUGGUAAAGCCGCCUACCUUAUCAAUGGUGUGACAAUUCAUUCCUUUUUAAGACUUCCAGUUGCUUGUAUGCCUCAAAAAGAUUUGUCGGGCCAAAGUCUUUGCAUGUUGCAAGAUAAAAUGUCAACUAUUGAUUAUAUACUCAUCGAUGAAUACUCCAUGCUUGGUCAAACAUCAAUGGGUUGGAUAGAUAGGCGUUGUAGACAAGCCACGGGAGUCAAAGAUCAGUUGUUUGGUGGCAAAUCAAUUAUUUUGAUUGGCGAUCCUGGUCAAUUGCCUCCGGUUUGUGACAAACCAUUGUACUACUCCAAACCAUCGAACAGUUUAGGGCAACAAGGAUAUUAUGCUUAUAUGAUGUUUGAAAAAGUUGUAAUUCUUAAACAUAAUCAGAGAGUAAAUGGUUCUCAAUCGGAUCAAGCCAUAUUUAGAGGACUUUUAUCACGACUUCGAAAUGGUGAUUCCACUUGUGAUGACUGGAACCUUCUGUUGACUAGACAGCCGAGUCGUGUUAAAAAUCUUGAUGAUUUUGAAAAUGCAAUAAGGUUAUACUACAGUAAUGAACAAGUAGCAAAGUACAAUUAUGAACACUUACUUAAUUUACAAAAACCAGUUGCGACAAUACAUGCCAGACAUUCAAGUAACAAGGCCAAGUGUAUUAGCUCUCAAGAUAUGCUUGGUUUACAAGCAGUACUGUAUAUUUGUAAAGGUGCUCGUGUUAUGUUAACAAUGAAUCUAUGGCCAUCAGUUGGUCUUUGUAAUGGAACAGCAGGAGUUGUUCUGGAUAUAAUUUAUGCCACUAAUCAUCAACCUCCAGAUUUACCUAUUGCUGUAAUUGUUAAAUUUGAUGACUAUACUGGUCCUUCGUUCUCUACUAUACCAAAUUGUGUUCCAAUUCCACCGAUAACAGCCAGUAUAAAUGCAUGUAAUUCAGUACAUGAAAGACAACAAAUACCUCUUAGACUUGCCUGGGCCCUAACAAUUCAUAAAAGUCAAGGUUUAACAUUAGAUAAGGCAUGGAUUGAUAUUGGGAAAAAAGAAACUACUCUUGGGUUAACAUAUGUAGCAAUAAGUAAGUAGGGUUCGAAAUCUUUCAUCACUGGUCAUUGAACCAAUAACAUUUCAAAGACUUUUGGAAAUUAAGAAAAAGGAAAUGCUUCGUUAUAGAUUGAAUGAAGAAAAACGCUUAGAAUUACUUUCUGUACAAUCUCAGACAUAAACUAGUCGGCGAAUUUCUUGCUUUCAAGGUUGGUAGUACAGUAUGUAGUACCGAUAUUUAUUUUGUUUAAAUUUUUCUCGUUUUUAGUGUGUUGUACAAUAUUAAAAUGACUGACUUGAAAGGUAACGUUUGUAUUUGUUUUUUUGGGUUUGUUUGUUUUUUGAGGGAGGGAGUGCACUGUACAGAAAAUUUAGGGAAGAUAAAAAAAUGUUUUUACGUUGGUUCUAUGUCACCAUGAGUGGUGUUUCAUCGAGCACAAGUCAUUGUCAGGAAGUUCCUGACUAUUAAAAAAAUUGCCAAUAUAGCGAAUAUAUCUCUUCUGACUUAGGUGAAGAAAUAAAGACAGAAGACAACAAUGACAGUAAGUAUGUUUCAUUAGAGUACAUCACACCAUUAUCGGAAUUACACCAUUAGCAUCAGGAAGUGCAACUUAACAACUAUUUCAUGUCAUUAGACAUGUUUGUAAAUAUGUGUUGCACUGCAUACGUUUUCAUAUAGAAUACUUUCACAGCCUCAUAAUAGUUUGCUUUGUUGUUUUUCAGGCGGUGUCUUAGUAGGUUAUGUUCACAACCUGUCAGAAAUAAAGACAAGUCAACGAAAUAAUUUGUAUUUCGAUAUGUCUCUACAAACAGAAGAUAAACUGUACAGAGCAGUGUGUUUUUCGCCCGAAAAGCACCAGCAAUGUAAAAGUAUGUGCGAGUCGUCUUCCCCAAUCAAGUUAACCAAGUACCACCUGAAAAGAAACAGUCGGAGUGACCAGGAUGAAGUACACAUCAACAAACGGACACGAUUGUUAGAACCAGACCGCAACGAGAUCAAUUUUGACAUAAAACAACUUGAACCGGCUAAGCAAGAAAAGAGCGUCCAAUCGACGGUACAUGAAGCACUUAUAGGACCACCGAAUCUUAAAGUGGAUGUUUCUGGUCGAAUCACCUUCCAAGGCCCUGAAGAGACGGUCUUUUCCAAAGGAAAAACGCUGAGGAAACAAGAGACUUUACUCACUGAUAACACGGCGUCAGCAAGAUUUGUGUUGUGGGAAACUGAUAUCGAUAAGAUUGCAACGGGAAAUUCGUACGAAUUGUCCAGUGUCACGGUACGUCAAUAUAACCAAACCAACUACCUCUCUUUGAACAAGCAAUCUGUUAUAGUAGAAUCAUUUGCUACCAUUGAGAGGGAAGAUGAGCAAUCUACAGAUAACAACUUGGGCUUGGCCAAAGUCUUCUGUCCAGCAGAUGGUGUUCAAUCGAUCAGGAGAUUCCUUUCAAGCAACAAGUGUCAUUCAAAAUUGGCACCCAUACCUGACAAGAAUAUUGUGAAAUGUAGUGAGUGUGGACUUGCCCAACUAAAGAGUAAAUCCAAACAGCGGUUGUUAGCAAGUGUUAUCUUUCCAUCAGAAGGUUCCACCAAGUCCCUCAUGCUCUUCGAUGAUAAAAUACGCGAGUUAUACAAACUUUAUGUGGAACAAAAUGGUUCGCAACCAGAAUUUUCAAGUUUUGAUGACGAUAACAUAAUGGAGAUGAUCUUGACAGUUGAAGCAAUUAUUUACUUCAACACCAAAAACAAUGUUGUUGCAGUAGCCAAAAAAUGUUAA